AUGACAUGGAGAAGAAAAAUGCUUCAUAUUUCUCUAAAGAGGAUUGUUACCACUCAAAUGCAUCGAUAUCAACCACCGCCUCCUCAACCCACUCUAAGAGAGUUACCACGUCCUCAACCCACUCUAAGAGUGUUACCACCUCCUCAACCCACUCUGAGAGAGUUAGCAUCUUCGUAUCAACAGCCACCUGCUCAACCUCAACUUACUGUUAGAGAGGCAGCUCUUCGAGAUUUUCAAAGUGAAAAAGGCCAACAACUUAUCAAAGAGGUCAAUCAAUAUAGGUUGAGUGUGGGGUUGCCGGAAUAUGAUCCUAUAGGAAAUUUGUUUAAAUUAAAUAAGAAUGAGAAGAUUUUUGAAGAUGAUUCAUUGGCCCAGUCUCCCCAGCCACCAUCUCAAACUGAGCUUGAAUGUGAAGAAUUAGAAGAGACCGAAGAGAUUAACAGUCAAGAUAUUCCAAGUUCUCCUGAUUCUUCUGGUAUAUACAUAGUAGUUAAGCAUGAUUCGCUCAUUCUGAGAGUUGGUGACAAGGAUGUAGAUCAAGUUGAUUUCACUGAGCAGAACACUCCUAUAGUUUCAAAAGAAGGGUUUGAAGUAGACACAUGUGGUGAAGUUGUCUCUAGUAUAAGAGAUAGUGAGGAUGAUGAAAAAAAUGGUUCAAUGAAAGACCAAGAAGAGGAUCAAUGGUACAAGAUUGAAUUUGAGAAAGAGGAUAUUGUAGUGUUGGAGUAUAAGUUUAUAUUUUCUCAUGGAAAGGAGAACCACUACAAGAGAUUCAUUGUUGCUGCUGAACAUGGUUUCUUCUGCUACUCUCUAGAACAAAUGGUGAUGGAAAAUGCUUGGAUGGUUAAGUAA